CUAAAUAGACUAGCAAAUAGAUGGUGAAGGCGCAGCGUGCUUUUUGGUAUGGGGAUGAGCAACGUUUCCUUGUCUGAUUUGGUGGAACACCUUCGGCAUCCGGUGUGGGUCCGACUCUCGAAUGGGGAAAGUUUGAAUGGCUACCUCCUGAACGUCGAUCCAGAAACUCUUCACCUCAUCUUGGUGCAAAAAAAACCGACCGCAGACAAUGAAGAGGACGACGGUGAAGAACACGACUCUCCAGGACACGCCCGACCGAUAGGAGGUCCGCCACCAACCCCAACAGGACCAGACCACCAAAUAGUUGUCGUUAUGCACCAUUCCAUAACGGGGAUUGAACCGGACCUGUAUAGCGAUAAUGGACCAGAGCCUCUUUCAGAAAGUCAAGUCGAAGUGAUCUUGAACAAAAUAUCGCGACGGUCCUGUGGAGAUGACGCACAAGCAGCUGACGGUUCUUGAAUGCUGUAAUCUGAGCAUCUUGACGGCUUAUUUUGAGCAAGUUGUUCUCCAGUACACAUAAACGUCGUAGGUCAUUACAGAUUGAGACGCCCAGCAACGGGUGAGGAAUGCCAUAGGAUCCGCAAGCUGCAUGGCAAGCCGGACAUGCUGCUACAGUACAGGAUGAUAUCGGCACAUUCCCAAAUGCUGAUAAUAUCUAGCAAUGACUAGGUACUCGUUUUCAAUCAUGUCUGCAUUGUAUUUUUCUUUAGAAGCCUGAAGUAGGGUGAAAUAGGGGCUAUAUAUGUCCAACAGGUAGAGUCCUGUAUAAAUUGCUUCCAGACUUGAAAUAAUUUUAUUAUCGAGAGAUUGUACCAA